UUUUAAGUUGUCUAAUUUUUGACGUUUUAUACCACUUUUUACAUUGUUUUACAUUUUACUGACCCUUUGCUUAUCUAUAAUGUAUUAUUUUUGUGUGCCUCAUAUUUUCAAAUGCUCCGUUAUGCGCUAGUUUAUAUUGCCGCGUUCAUGUUUAUUUGUGGAAAGUACAACGCAAUAAACAUCCAGCCUUUACCACCAUUUAACCGUAACUUCCUGGGAGAAGUCGCCAAUUUCGAACCCGAAACCGGCCCACAACACGAAAACGGUGUUUUAGAAGAAAGGGAAAGCAUGGACGAAGAAGAAGACGAGGAAAAUUGUCCACCAAAUCAAAAAUUUCCGCGUUGUUCAAACCACGAGAAAAAAACAAACGGAACGAAUUUUUCCAAAAGAGAAUUGGACGAAAUAGGGUCACUUUUUGUCAAUCAUUUCCUCGAAAAUGACCGGGAGCUUAGGAAUACUGAAGAAGAAGAGAAUAAAGAACAUGAUGAAAAUAACGAUCCGGUUAUGUUCGAUUCAGAGUUUAUUGAACAACAAAAACAGGUUAAAAAUAUAACGGAACAAGGACAAAAAGUGUACGAAAAGGUAGAGCAAAACUUACAAGAAAAUACUAUGGAAGAGUGCACUAAGACAUGCGAAGAGGAAUCUGAUAAAAGUUCAAAUAGACAUCAGACUGGGCCGUUAAGUAGUUUGGUAAAAAUGCAUUUUUAUAAGCACAAUCCUAGUAAAACUGGUCAAAAACUCAGAACCCAAAGAUCUGUCGCUGUGAGUUUGUAUCCAAAAAACAAAAUUCCUCAACAAUACGAUUACAUUGCUCUCUUAUCAAAUGACGAUAAAUUUGACAAUGUCCCUGCCGUUAAAGUUAAAGUUUUUUCGGAUCGAAAUAGUCGAGGCGACAAUUUUUUCCCUUUCUUUGUUUCAACUUAUAAGAAAGAGCCUCACAAAGUUCCCGAUUUAGGUAAAUUAAAAUGUCGACAUUGCACUCAUGUCCCUAUUCUCUUUAUCAACACAAUCCCCGAUUCGCUAAAAAGGCUUUCCAAAAGAUCUUCAAAUUACGAUAUUUCAAACAACAAGUAUUUACGCGACGCUGAUUUAUUAGUCGAGAACAUCAAAACUUCGCUCAAAAUGGAGAUGGAUGAUGAUAAAACUCCAAAAUUUGUUGACGGUGGAGUUUUGGUUAAUUCGGGCGUGAAGCAAAAAAAAGACGUUAGUGGAGAUCUCUCUAUUCCUUUCAUAAAUCAGCACCAAAAGCAAGGAUUGGACAAUAACUUCAAAGCUGGUUUUGUGCAAAAUCUUCCAAUCAAAGACCCAGUUUUAAUGUCAAAUUAUGAAAACGAUCGAUCUUUUGAAUCUCCCCAAGAAAUAGACUCUAUUGCUUUGAAAAAUGAAAACCCUUCAAAAGUACUUCUAAAUAAUGAAAAAACCCUAGUGCAAAACCAGUUAAAUCCACUACAAUGGGACCUAACGAACAAUAGAAGACAUAAAAGUGAUAAAAAUGCACUUGAUAUGUCCCCAGCUGAAAUCGAUAAUUUGCUCAAAAGUGCAGUCGGUAAAUUAGAUCUUCCUCCCUUGGAUAAUAAGGAUCUUAAAAGUCCACUACCAGUUGUUUCUUUCCAAAACGACUUUAAUUCAAAUUCAACACAAGUUAAUGCAAGAAAGGAAGAAGAUCUAAUCGAUUCCAUUGAAUCAAACGAUUUGGUUAAAAGUAUCGUCGAUCCUAUUGCCACCAGUGUGGUGAAAAGUGUCAUCGAUUCAGUCAAUUCGGGUCAAAAUAAGUUAGAUGGUUGGGCAAAAAAUGUGAUCCGUCCACUAGAUGCUAGAUCAAGAGAUAAAACAAUUAAUUUAGUGAAGAAAGAAAUUUUGACGGACACAUCAAAAGUCGACAAUUCUUUCGUAGAUAAUGAGUUAGAUUUAUUAUCAAAUGAAGCAAAUAGUUUAGUGUCAAAUUUAAAUCAUAGAUUAUUAAAACAUGCAAUAAAUCCGUCGGGCAAUGUAAAACCUACAAGUAACAAACUAAAAAGUAAAGAAAUCAGUUCUUUGUCAAUUGACUCUAACGAUGAUAAUUUAGGUAAUAAUGACAUAAAUACUUUCGAUUUAAAUCAGAAUAGUUUUGUAAAAGAUGAAGUCAGUUUAGGUGAGACGGGGAAUAGCGAUAAGUUCGAAUUUGGUGACACUUUAAUGAAGAAUGAUAUACCAUCAGCAAAUUUUGAAGAAAGUCUUGGAAAUCGCGAUGUUGGUUCUUUUGAUAAUUCGCUGGAUACUUCUUUGGAUUCCUCGCUAGAUAGUUCAGUCGACAGUGAUUUAAAUCAACAAGAAAAAUUAGUUCCAGAAGUCAAAUUUUCCGACUCUUUCAAAAAUCAAAUCGGUUCUGAUAAUUCGAACUCUCAAAACCUCAUCAAUUCGAAUAAACAACAAAACGGAAUUGCUUCCAAAUUUGAAAAAAAAGUGAUCUCUAAUAAUGACGUCAAUGAACUUCUCAGAAAUUUUGAUAGUUUGAAGAACUCAGACCCAAAAUUAAAGAAAUUAUCCAUGGAAUCCAGUUGUAGUUCAGAAGGUGAUGGAAUGACUCCUUUAGCACCACCAACAACAACAACAACACCGUCCCCACCUCCUUCACCCCCAACAACACCACCCCCGCCUCCUCCAACUGAGCCGCCACCCCCUCCUACAACCACCUGUCCUUCUUCAAAUGCUCCCAUUUUUGAAGAUAAAGGAAAAGAAGACUAUGAAAAUGAAGAUCUUGGAAAUAUAUUAGAUUUGUUAGCCAAUAAUUUGACUACAAGUGGACAAUAUGCAACACAAACGGGUGCUACGUCUAUACCAACAAUUAGCGCAAAUUCUUCAGAUUUGACUCCUAUAACAGGGGUUUUACAUACAGAGACGUCAGGUAGUGAAGCUUCAAGUGUUGCUACGACUACAGCCAAAGGUAUAAUAGAAAGAGGCAAAAGUGCAUUUAUAGAUAAACUGCACGAUCUUCAAAAAGACUUAAAACUGGUUUUUGAAAUACAAAACAGACAAACAAAACAAGACAAACGGCAUAAGAGAAGCAAAAGAGAGGCUUCGCCAUACACUUAUCAAAGAUAUAGAAGAAAAUGUCACAAAAAUAAAGUAACUGAAACAACAACUGAAAUGUGUUCACCUAAAGCGAAGAAACUGAACGAAGUGGUGGGGUUGGGAAAACUUUUAGAAUGGAAAAACCAACACGAAAAUAGCGGCGAUAGUUGUUCAAGGUUCAAACAUUUUUCUUUUAAAAAGUGGCGCAAAAGAAGAAAAAAGAAAAAAAAGAAGAAAAAGAAGAAAAAAUGGUGGAAACGCAUCUUCGGUAAACCAACACAGCAUCAUUUUUUAGGCGCAGAUUAUCAAAAUCUCCUAUGAAUAAACGCAACUUAGGUCAAAUUAGAAAACGUAGAUUUAGUCAAAUAGAAAAACCAAAACGAGACGACGGUAUUUGGCACGAAUUUGAAUGGCCGGGCAGUCGACAAAGAGGGAGAAAUAAACAAGUGACUGAAGCGACUG